CUCUCACUCUCCGUGUGUCCACCUUUUCUCUUUCUCAAUUAAUCUCUUUUUCCACCUCUUUCUUCAAAGAAGAUACUUCUAUUACUAGGGCCCAUUUUUACUUUUUAUUUUCCUUCAUCCCCAUGUCUAAGGAUCACAUAUCUGAGCAGCAGCAAAAUCUAUCAAAAAUUCAACCUGCUGGUCUUGAUGAUAAACGAGAAGAUCAUGACCAUGAUCAUGAUGUUCAACCACUAAAGCAAUUAUUGGAUCAUGAUGAUCAUCAUGAUCAUCAAGAAGAUCCAUGUCUAACACCCACUUCUUCUGAUCACAGACUACCUUCAACCAGGAGCUGUCCAUCCACACCAAGAAAACCUCAAGGCCGUCUUGUUUACUUGCACAAGAGGAAAUUAUCAGACCUGCACUUCUUCGAAGCCACACGCCGCGAAGAGAAUGAAUAUUAAUUUUACGGGUACUUUCAAUUAUGAAAUGGUUAUGGCUAUAGCUAUUAAAUUCGAGUAAUAUUACUCAGAAUUCUCUUUCCCUUAAUGAUUUUAGUUACUAAUUCGAUGAAUUAUUUUCUUCAUCCAAGAACAAAUUUGGAUGGAGGAAACUAUGCAAUAUUUGGAUAUUGGUUAAUGGGUUGUUUUGAAUUUUAUGUCGGGGAAAAAAUAUAUAUUGCUUCGGUUGAGCUUGAUUAUCUCCACUCAUAAGAUAAAAGCUCACAAAAGCAAAAAUAGGCUGUUGGAAAUUAUGAAUAACACUCUCAAUUGAAUAAAAGCAUGGUCAUUUAAUUUGCUUGCCAAGUAGUACGAAUUAAGAAUGUGGGACUAUUUCUCAGUUGUACCAAAAUAUAUAUAUCAGUAGAAUAAUAAAUGUUGUAAACUAACUUUUCCUUUCGAAAUUAACUUUGGAAUGAUUAACUAAUGGAAAAGCGAGCGAUCAUAUAUAAAUAUUUGUAGCUUUACAUAGAAUCCGAAUGCUAGCUAUAUGCAUAUUUUAAUAUUCUCUUUUCAGAUGUUGUACGAUCUGGAAAUGUUGAUCACGGAAUAUUUCUAUUUUACUUUUGGGUUAUUAUCAUUUUUGGUUAAUUCAUAUAUAUAAUAAUGAGUAGAACUUAAUUUUCUUACGUUUUGAGUAAGAAACAAAAUAAAUAAAUAAAUAAUAUUGGGAUUCUAAUUAUUCAUAAAAAAAAAAAGGAAAUGAGUAUAGAUUCCAAUUAUUCAUGUUGUACAUAUAUACCUGUUAUUGUAAAGGUGUAACAAGGUAUGUAUAUGAACGAAUACGACCUGAGGGACAAGUUAAUGGUCCCCCUAUUCAAAUUUUCCAGAGAUUAUUGGGAUUUAGUGUAUUGCCCUUCACUUUACAUGAUCAUAUUUCAAAUUUCUUUGUCUUGUAAUUUCGAAGCCUCUCCAAGUUUUCAUUUAUCUUUUAAUGGACUUUGUAAUAUCGGUGAGCAGUUGUUUUGUUGGCUGUAUUUAGAUAUAUAAAAGUGGUUGAAAUUGUACCUCAAAAAAUUUGAUAAAAUUAUAAAUUCUGCACAUGCACUAAUGGUGUCGUUUUGUUA